AGUCAUUGAACGAGUCUUCGUGUGAAAUUUAGAGUACUUGCGAUUUAUAAAAUUAUUAAAGAUAAAAAGCUGUCUGAGGAAAAGUGAACAAAUUUUCUAUAUUCCUUUCGUGAAUAUUUAUAUAAGCACUAGUAUGGAACUAUCCCAGGAAAUCAAUCCGACGAGUCUAUGUCGUGUUUGUAUUCAGGACGUCACCUGUCUCCCGUCGGAAGAUAUCUUCGAGUCCACCAGCACGGAAAGUCUCAAUAUUCAUAGUAAGCUCAAGGCAAUAUGUUCCGAAGUGUUCUCCGCUGAUGCUGAACAGAAACCAUUGUUCAAUGAAGCAAUGGCUCUUCCUACGAACGUGUGUUCCGAUUGUAAAUAUAAGAUUGAUGAAGCCUAUGCAUUGCAUCUGAUGUGCAUCGAGAGUAACAGGAAGCUCUGGAAAUUGAUGACCACGACGGUGGAAACUGUAAUUAAGGAGGAAAUCGAGGAUAUAAUUGACAUCGAACCAAAUCAUUUACAGUUGAACGCAGUAUUUUUGGAAAAUCUGGAUGAAUUGAGUGUUAAACAAGAACUUGCCGAAAUACAAGAAACUAGUAAAGUAACGAUUAAAAAACCAAGAAAGCCCGCGCUGAAGUCGGAAAACCCCGGUUUACCCAAAUUGUACCAAUGCGAAAGAUGCCCUGUAUCUACAAACCUUAUGGGUCAUAUGCAUAAACACAUGAGAUAUAAACACACGCAUGAUGCUUUUCAAUGCUCAAAAUGUUCAGCCGCCUUUUUCGACGAGGCCAAGCUAGAGGAACAUAAGAUAAUACACACGCUCGAUAAGCCCUUCCCGUGUCCAAAUUGCAAAAAAGGAUUCCGAACUCCCUACCAGAUCAAAGCCCAUAUAAACAUUUGCACGGGACAAACGCCGUUUUUGUGCACGGAGUGUGGCCGAUCCUUUGCCUAUCGCGCUAGUUUGUCGCAGCAUGUGGCUCGUCACAAGGAGAAAUCUUUCUACUGUCCCCAGUGCCCGUCGAAGUUCCACAUGAAGGGAUCGCUGAAGAGUCAUAUGGCAACGCACACAACGGAAAGAAAAUUCCGCUGCGAGUCCUGCGGUUCUGGCUUCCAGACCAGCAAUGCGUUGCAGAGACACAUGAUGUGCCACACAGAUGAGAGGCCGUAUCUUUGUGACCUGUGCAGUUUAAAGUUCAGGAAAAUUGAUCAUUUGCGUCGACACAUGCGCACUCACACGGGAGAAAAACCCUACAAAUGCACUCAUUGUGAUAGGGCCUUCUCGCAGAGCAACGAUCUGGUCAAGCACAGCAAAACUCACUUCGGCGAUAAUCCGUAUAAAUGUGACCGGUGUGACGAGGCUUUCCGUUUGAUGACUGAGUUGCGGAAUCAUUACAAGGUGCACUACCAGUCGGGAAAUGGUCAGGAAACGUCCAAAAAUGCAGAAACAUUCAAGUUCACUAUCGUUAACAUAUUGAACAGACGAGCGGAACAGGAGAAGAAACUAGGGAAAAAAUCUGGGGGUCGAAACAGGGACAGAAUGGAGCAACAGAUUUUAGAAGAUCAGCCAGAGAAUUCGAUGGAGGCGGUGAAUAAAAGUUGAUACCAAUAACCAAUAUCAAUUGAUGGUAAUUAUGUUUUGUAGAAUACCAACUGAUGGUGAAUAGUGAUAGUUAAUAAUAAAAAAAAAAAACAAUUCAUUCAUCAACAAUA